CUCCCCUUUCCCCCUCUCUCUAUCCCUUCCGCUCUUUUCACAGCCAUGAAGGCUUUCUACUUUCUCUCUCUCGCGGCAACCUGCCUUCUGAGCGGCGUCUCGGCUUUCCCCGCCCUCAAAGACCCUUCUUCGCCCCAGUACGCCGAGUUCCUUAAGCGUGCGGCCGAAAUAAAGGCCGGCAAGUACGCUUUUGGCGACAUUCUGAAGCGUGCCGAGAACGCAUCGUCCUCGCUAGAGACUCCCGGUGGUGGUUUCGGACACCGUCGACUCACGGCCUUGCUCAAUCCCGACAACUUCAAGUACAAUGCCAAGGAGCAGUAUGUCGACCUGACGUCCGAUGAGCACAAGUACAUUCCCCCUGGACCCGAUGACCUUCGUGGCCCUUGCCCUGGACUGAACAUCCUUGCCAACCACGGUUACUUCAACCGUAAUGGUGUUACCAACCUCUUCCAAGGUAUUGACGGUAUCAACAAGGUGUUUGGCGUAGAGUACGACCUGGCACUUGCUCUCAAUGCGUACGCCGUUGUCUUCAACGGUAAUAUUCUCGACUUGUCAUGGUCCAUCGGAGGGCCCUUCAAGUCCAAGGACCUUGGUGCAUUGGAAGACGUCCUUGUUGGUGAGCCGGCCGGCAUCAACGCGCACAACAUCUACGAAGGUGACGCAUCGAUUGUGCGACAAGACUACUACGCUCCUGGCUCGGGCUACGACAACGUGGAGCUUUACAUGCCCUACUUCAAGGACCUGCUCGCACUCGGCAACAACGAUGCCACCGACGGCAAGGACGUCUACAAUGCCGAGCUCAUGUUGCAGCACAAGGCAAACCGCUGGCACCAGAGCGUGGCCACCAACCCGUACUUCUUCCAGUCCGCGUUUGGUGGUCUCGUCGUCACGACUGCAGCGGAGCGCUUCGUGGCCGAGUUUGCUGCCAACAACACCGUCGACGAGAAUGGCUACAACCGGAUCUACCUCGAUGAAAAGAACCUCCUCGCCUUCUUUGGCGUGGAAAAGGGCGCAAGUGGCAAUCUGACCUACACGCCCGGCACCGAGCGCCUGCUGCCCAGCUGGACCCGUCGCCCGCUUGCUGCAACCUUUGGCCUGGACGACAUUGUGCUUAACCUGCUGCAUGCUGUCAGCAUCGACCAGAGCCUCUUGUCUCUGGGCGGCAACACGGGCAAGGUCAACAGCUUUGCUGGCGUUGACGCAGCCGACAUCACCGGCGGCGCAGUGCACACAGCCGACUUGCUCUCCGACCCGCAGGCACUGUCGUGCUUCUUGUUCCAGACCACGACGGAAGAGGUGGUGCCGACGCUGCUCAGUUCCAUCUACAAAGACACCGGCAAGGCGCUCGACUUCCUCGGCAAGAACUUCAAUGUGCCCUUCAAGAAGCUCGCUACUGCCGGUAACAAUCCUUGCACGCGUUACAACACAAACGCCACGGGCCACUACUCUGAGUUCCCCGGCUCCAAGAUUCCCCGCAAGCAGGAUCAGGGCGUGGUAGGAACGAUUCUCGGCGGCGGCUCGGACUAG